AUGCCGUCGCAGAUCCUACCAAUCUCAUCAAAUCUUGUUGUUCCCACUAAACCCUCCACGGAGAUGAUGUUCAAGCCUAUGAUCUACGACUCAACAACAACAACAACAACCACCCUCCUCGAUGAUGACGACCACUCCGUCAAGCCUCUCCUCUCCCGCGCCUCCAGCUUCAACGGUGAAUCAACCGGCUUGCAUCAGAACAGACGUCGACGAUCCAACAGCGAUAACUGUCUCUCUGCCUCCGCCGGCGAUGAUACCAAUCAACAAACUAUCGGUCAGGAGGUUAGCCACGCCGCCGCCGAGACUUUCUUGUUGACUCGUCUCUUCUUCACGCUCCUCACCUAUCUUGGGGUAGGUUAUAGAUGGAUCACGAGGUUUCUUGCUCUUGGUUUCUAUGCUUUUCUUCUUAUGCCUGGAUUCAUUCAAGUCGGAUAUUACUAUUUCUUCUCUCCUCACGUCCGUAGAAGUAUUGUUUACGGUGAUCAACCAAGAAACAGGCUUGACUUGUAUCUACCUAAGAACUCCAACGGUCCUAAACCUGUUGUGGCGUUUGUCACUGGUGGAGCCUGGAUUAUUGGUUAUAAGGCGUGGGGUUCUCUGUUAGGACAACAGUUAUCAGAAAGAGAUAUUAUUGUCGCAUGCAUUGAUUACAGGAAUUUUCCUCAGGGAUCAAUUAGUGACAUGGUCAAAGAUGCUUCUUCUGGUAUCUCAUUUAUUUGUAAUCAUAUCGCUGAGUAUGGUGGUGAUCCGAACCGGAUUUAUCUGAUGGGUCAGUCUGCUGGUGCACAUAUCGCGGCUUGCGUACUGGUAGACCAGGUCGUUAAAGAGUCAGGGGAGGGGGACAGUGUUUCUUGGAGUAGUUCACAGAUAAAUGCUUAUUUUGGUCUCUCUGGAGGGUACAAUCUUUUGAGCCUUGUAGACCACUUCCAUAGCAGGGGAUUGUACCGUUCCAUCUUUUUGAGCAUCAUGGAAGGAGAGGAAUCAUUAAAACAGUUUUCUCCUGAACUAGUAGUGCAAGACCCAAAUCUAAAACACAUUGUUGCUCGUCUCCCACCUAUUAUCCUAUUCCAUGGUACUGCUGACUACUCCAUCCCUUCAGAUGCAAGUAAAUGUUUUGCGGAAACACUCCAGAGGCUUGGAGGGAAAGCAGAAGUGAUCCUUUACGAGGGGAAAACACACACGGACUUGUUUCUUCAGGAUCCAAUGAGAGGUGGAAAGGACGAGAUGUUUGAAGACAUAGUAUCAGUGGUUAUGGGAGACAAUCAAGAAGUGAUUGGUAAAAGCGUAGACAGAAGGCGUCUUGUGCCUGAAUUCAUGUUGAAGUUGGCUCACUGGGUCAGUCCGUUCUAA